UGUAUUUUAAAAACUCGCUUAUUAUAUAUAAUAUAUUUAUACUUUAUAAGUUUGUAAAAAUGGCGGACGAAGACGAAAUCGACAUACUUGGAGAUUUUUCUUUUAAUUCCUGUUUGGCACAAAAUAGUCAAGGCAUCCCAUCUUGUUCAGACAGAGAAGAUACAGUUCAUCCUCAGUGGCUACUCGAUUCACCGGCAACCAAUUGGUAUGAUACACAGAAUAUAGAUAAGAAUAGGACAAAGCAUGGGCCAUUCAGGAAACUUUCAGGAAAUAAUACAACAAUUAAGCACGACACAGAGCAACAUACUAUAUGGAGUCAAGAGGAAAAAGAUUUAUUGAAAAAUGAAAUGAUAAAGUACGGCAGAAAUGUACAUAAAAUAUCACAAGUAUUAAAAACAAAGAGUGAAGCAGAAAUACAGGCGUUAAUCGAAGCUGAACAUGGAAUCCUCCUCGAAACACCUUCAAUGGAACUUGAAAAGCAUGGAGAUGAAGAUAUACUAGUAGUCCAAGAAGAAAUUGUUACAGAUGAUCUCGUGAACAUGAAUGAUGUUUUAAGUAUGGUCACUACUGGAGCUCCAACUAUACCUGUAUCAAAAAAACGAAUUAAAAAGAAAAUUACCAAUAUGAGUACUAAAAAUAGGCCCAUAAAAACUAAAGUCCAUAUUCACCCCAGUAUAAUAGAUUCAACAGAAUUGUAUUAUGAAGACGAUUUAAUGAUUGGUUCUACUGAAUCUGUAGGACUAGAAGCCAAUGUAAACGAGGUACCAUCAAAGAGCACCUUUAAACAACAAAAAGAAAAAGUAAAAACUAUGAAAAAGAUUGGAAAUCAUAGGAGAAAAGUAUCAAGGAAUCAUGAUAAAGGUAGAACAAGAAAUAAAAGCAAAGAUAAUUUGAAAUCGCCUCAGAGGAGACAAAAAAAGGACUCUAGCAUGUCUAAUGAUAUUGUAAAGAGUCCACAAAUGCAAAUAGUUCUUGGCUCCGGACUAGCUUUGCCUGUUUCAGAAGGAGAACAAAUAAUAAAAAUAGAAAAGAAGAAUUCAGACUGUGAGAGUGAUAUAGAAAUAGAUAUCGAUAGUGACACGGAGGGCUCGCCGACUAAAGUAGAGAAGAAAGAGAAGGAGCAUGAUGAAGCUCCUGUCGCAGUUCCACUGAGAAAGUUUGAGCCUAUGCCGAAAAGGAACCGUAAGAUUAAUCUGGGCGGUGGAGGCGGGUACACAAUAAUGCACACAGAGUCGGGGGACUUGUAUGAGAUCGGUCAAGAGCCGCGCAAGGAACGUCCGCAGAAGAAACCAGUAAUCGAUCUCUUUCCAUGUCGCUUCUACAGUGCAGAUAAACCGGCGCCUUGCGAGGUGUCGCUGCACGUGUCGGCGCUGUGCCUCAUGGACGCGCACGCGCACGCGUCCACCGGCGAGGUGAUGGGGCUGGUGGGCGGGCGCUGGGCGGCGCCGCGCCUGCGCCUGCGCCUGUACCGGCGCGCGCGCGCCGCGCGGCAGUCGCGCACGCACUGCGACAUGGAGCCGGCGUCGCAGGCGGCGGCCGCGGCGUGGCUGCGAGCGCGCGCCGCGCCGCCCGCCGCGUGGCACCACUCGCACCCGCGCUUCCCCGCCGCGCCGUCCGCCACCGACCUGCGCACGCAGCGCGCGCUGCAGGCGCAGCUGGCCUGGCCGCUGCCCUUCCUGGCGCUCGUCACCUCGCAGCACUGGCCGCGCGGCCGCUCCGCCUCCACGCUGCGAUGUUUCCGAGUAGAAGACUACGACGAGGCCACGGACAUGCCGAUCGGUUACCAAUUCAGUGUUAAGAUUAUUCCUGACUUCACGCGCGAGUCGAUACCGGAGUUUCUGGAAGAGUUGCGCGACUUGUGGUGCAACUUCGUCGACCGAGACCAUCUCAGCGUCAACUUGCCGGUGGACGUUUGCCCGCAGGCGGGCAUGACGUAUUUGGAGAAGUGCAUAUCGAGCAUGCGCCAUCACAUGCAUUCUGCUGGUUAUGAAGACAACGAUCCCCUCAUAGAACAAUUAAUACAAGGAGUUCGGGAUAUAUUUAGAUAGGAAGAAGUUAAUGUCCAGUGAGUAGAAAGCGUGCAGGUUCUGAGAUUGUAAUUGCUGCGUUUGUGUACAAAUUGUUGCAGUAUUUUAAUACAAUUUAGUUACAUUGAAUACAAACAUGUUAGACUUUUACUUAGAGUGGCGAGCAGCAUUGUUCUAACAUUUUUUAAAUAUGAUUUAUUUGGAUUCUACUAAUUAAUUUAUUUUUAUUAUUUCUAUAAUAUGUAAAAAAAAGUCUUAGUUUCAUAAUGAGAUGUACCUGUCUUUACGUUCUUUGCAAUUAAAAAGUAACAUGUAAUGGUAACUAAUGUAGGAUUAUUAUUUAUUUUUGUUAAAGGUAUAAGAACUUUUGUAUAUAAUUGUAAAAAUGGUUGUAUACUCGAAUAUAUUGCAUUAAGUAAA